GUUAAUGUAAACGACAAACUUAAUUCCGGAUAUGAGUACGGUCGAAACACGAUUCCCGAUGAUGAAGAAGAUGAUCAAAGCGUUCCGAUUGAUUCAAUUAUUGUUAUACCAACGUUAAUACCACAGUCUAACUUCUUUUUCCCAUCAGAUCUUGAUAGCAUAACUUCUUCACAACAAGAAGUUGAUAAUGACAUAGAAGAGAGUUCAGAAGGAAUACAGUUUUUUAUCCCGAAGGUAGAUGACGCGCUUAAGCCAAAUAUGAAAUCACAAUAUGCGACUAUAAAUGAAGUUGAAAAGAUGUACAUGGCUUAUGCAGACAACGCCGGCUUUGAUGUUCGCAUGCAUGUAAAAAAGACGAACAAACAUGGUGAAAUUCAAACUAGGUGGUUUGUCUGCAGUAGGGAGGGAAACCCAAAAAAGAAGGAGUUUGAUUCGUUGUACAUGCAGCCGGGUGAGAGGAGAUACCGUAAUACAAACAUCAAACGUUGUGGUUGUAAUGCUUGCAUAAAAAUCCAUUUGACUAAGGAUAGGGCUUGUUACGAGAUAUAUGAGUUUGUUGAGGCACAUAACCAUGCAUUGUUCAAUAUUAACGAUCGUCGUUUCUCUCGGAAGAAUAGACAGAUGAAGUAUACAUAUUUCAAAACUGUUUUAAAUAGCUCGAGUUACAAAGUCGGUGCGAGGAGGGCUCACCGUAUUCAAACCGCAUUGAACGGUGGAUUUGAGCAUACUCGCAUCUCUGAAAUUGACUUCAAGAAUUUCAAGAGGGAUGCUGUUGCUUGUGUUGCGAAUAAGGACGCGACGAUGUUGAUCAAUAAACCAUCAAACAGACGUGAUGAGUUGAGCAGAAUUUUCUGGGCGGAUGAAGUUGCUAGAAUUAACUACAAAGAAUUCGGUGAUGUCAUAUCGUUCGAUGGUACAUUUCGCACUAACAAGCAUGCAAUGAUUUUUGUUCCUUUCUUGGCUGUUGACAACCAUAAGUCGUUUGUUGUUGUUGGAUCCGCUCUCAUAAGUGUAGAGACGAUUGAUAACUUUACGUGGGUUCUAAAGGCCUUUCUGAAGUGUCAUGCGAAGCAACCGGUGUUCGUAAUUACAGAUCAAUGUUCUGCAAUGAAACAAGCUAUUCCAAAGGUGUUCACCGAAUCCAAGCAUCGACUAUGUAUGUGGCACAUUAUGAAGAAGGUCCCUUCAAAAGUUAGUGUUGCACUAAAUCAUGAUACUACGUUCAAUAAAGUCAUCAACAAGCUCGUAUGGAACAUUCAUAUUGGCCCAACGGAGUUCGAACGCCGUUGGAAUAAGAUGGUAGAUAAAUACAAUCUAGCGGGGGAUACUUGGUUUACAGAGAUGUAUGAAAUCCGACACUCGUGGAUUCCUACCUACUACAAGAACAUGCCGAUGUCUGGUCUAAUGAAAACAACCUCAAGAUCCGAGAGUUCGAAUUUGUAUAUCAACAUAUACGAAUCGUACUGGUUUGAUUUGGUGCAAUUCCUUAAUAAUUACGACGUAGCUAUAGAAAAACAAAGAUACAGACAAUCUAUUCACGAAUCAGUGACAAGAACGACUAAUCCCAAGUUUCUUACUCCAUUGCGCAUAGAAAGGCAUGCAUCAAGCAUAUACAGUCGGAACGUGUUUUUUGACAUCCAAAAGGAAAUAAAGAAGGUGGGUUGUAAUUACUCAACAAACACAGUCGAGUGCGAUUGUAACCUAUUUACACGUAAUGGGUAUCUCUGUCGUCACGCGUUCAAGGUACUAAUAAAUGACGAAGUUGAACGCAUUCCGGAAAAAUACGUAUUACGUCGAUGGAAACGAGAGUUAGUUCCAGUACAGAUUCAGUCCGCAAGAGUUCGUUAUGGGGAGGUCAACGUCGAGAAAGAAAAGUCUAUAAGUGAAUUAUAUUCCAAGAUGGAUGACAUAAUAAGCAUCGCCCGCAAUGAUCAAUCUAUAUUGGAUAGAUUGGGGCGUAACCUUGAAGAAUUCAUGGUUGAUAUAGAGAAGGAAGUUCCAUACGAAGACCCAUCACAACAAAAGUUGGAUGCGAUUAGAGAUCAUUUAGGUGUUUCCAUACCUGAUGAGAUGGACAUUCUACCACCAUCUGGAAUAAGGAACAAAGGUUGUGGAACUGGCAAGAGGCUGGUAAGUGUAUCUGAGAAAAUGCAAACUAAUUGCAAAAAGGCUAAACAAAAAUGUGCAACGUGUGGACAACGUAGUGGUCAUGACUCCCGUAAUUGCCCAGAAUUGAUAGAUUAG